GAAGCUGAAAAAAUGUCUUAUGACUUAAGAUCAGUUUUAUGGAGUGUGUAGUUUAAAUUUUUUUUAACCUCUGGUUGGUAUUUCUGCCCUUCCCCUAUUGAAUGGAAAAUUAAGAUUGAGUGUGAGAUCUACUCUGUCUUCAACUUGUAUACUUUAAUUAGUAAGCCUAUUAGUGUUUUUGUUUGCUGGCAUCGCCUGACUGUGGGGGCAACUGUAACAAAUUGUCCACAAGCAUUAAGAAAAGCUUAUUUCUUAUAAAAACAAUUCGAGCAUAUGAUAUAUGUUAAUUGUUUAGUCGGGGUCCUCUUGUUCUUGGACUGUUGAGCCCCAUUCUAGAAGAAUGAGAAAUUAAAAUAGGAAACUUAAGAUGACAUUCAGUAAUUCAGUACUAUGUAUCAUUCUUUUGAGCCAUUAAAUAAAUAGACUCUAAGUUGAUUUGAUUUUUGCUGUUUUUGAAAAGUGAUAAAUUGAUCUUUUGGCCAGCCAUCAUUUAGCCUAAAUGUUAGGUAUUAGACUGUCGUUUUCUUGGAUACCGAGUUAAACACUAUCACAAAACAGACACAAUGGAAUGAUAAGAAAAAUGUUUAUUUCUUUGUGGGAGUUCUUCUAUGGGCACUUUUUUCGAUUUUGGAUGAAAUGGCUCUUACGACAGAUGACUGGGAAGUGUGAAUUGCAGCGAAUUUUUGAUACCUAUGUAGGUGCACAAAGGACACACAGGAUAGAAAAUUCCUUGACAUACUCCAAGAAUAAGGUUUUACAGAAAGCAACACGUGUUGUUGAGAGUGAAGUGGAGAAAUGUGUAGAAGAUAUAAUGAAAGAAAAGAAUAUUAACCCUGAGAAGGAUGCCAGUUUUAAAAUCUGCAUGAAGACAUGCUUACUACAAAUAACUGGUUAUAAACAGCUCUAUUUGGAUGUAGAAAAUGUGAGAAAAAAGCCAUAUGAUUCAGAUAACCUACAACAUGAAAAGCUACUCCUGAAGCUUUGGAACCUUCUAAUGCCCAUGAAAAAGUUGAAUGCUAGAAUCUCCAAGCAGUGGGCUGAAAUUGGUUUCCAGGGUGAUGACCCCAAAACAGACUUCAGAGGCAUGGGUAUCCUUGGAUUGAUCAAUCUUGUGUAUUUCAGUGAAAAUUAUACCAAUGAAGCUCAUCAGAUUCUUUCCCGCUCAAAUCAUCCAAAAUUAGGGUAUUCUUAUGCAAUAGUUGGGAUCAAUCUUACAGAGAUGGCUUAUAGCUUACUGAAGAGUGAAGCUUUGAAGUUUCAUCUCUACAACUUUGUUCCUGGAACACCAACAAUGGAACACUUUCAUCAGUUCUAUUGUUAUCUUGUCUAUGAAUUUGAUAAGUUUUGGUUUGAAGAAGAACCAGAAAGCAUUAUGUAUUUCAACCUGUACAGAGAGAAGUUUCAUGAAAAGAUUAAAGGACUCCUAAUGGAUUGUAAUGUAGCACUUACCUUAAAAACAUAAAUCAUUCACAAUAUCUUCUAUUUCUACCACAUUUUGCACACACAACAGAAUUUAUAUGUUGUAAUAGAAAUUAUCUGAUCAAUUUCACUCUUAUAUAUAAUUUCCUACAAAAAUAUUUCAGAAAUUCUAUUAAGAAAGCUAGUGGACAAUCAGUGUAUGUUUACAAUUGUUUAUACACUGUUCUCCAAAGGUACCUUAUCCUUCCAAAGAUCCCUCUGUAGAGUCACGUGAACUACAGUUUGGAACUUGGGACUCCGCCCGUUAGUGUAAAAGUAUAAAUCAGGUAUUUGUAUUGAAUUUGUUGAUUAAAAUGUGUAGAAGUUGAUUUUGCAUUUUAUGUAUUGUAGCUGUCAAGUUGGUAUCUGUUUUAAAGCUCUCUUAAGUUUUUUUGUUUUAGUUUGAAAAUCACUGUUUUUAAUUUUGUCAUAUUUUUAUUUCUGUUAAUUAACAAUAAGAACAGUUUUCUGGUUUUUGCAUUUUUUUGUUCUCAGUCACAUGUCAUAACAUUGCUUUAUUAAUAAUAACAAGAGCUUAGAUAUGUCAGAGAGGAUGAAGAAUCAUGGCCUCCUUUUCUGGUUUCUCUGAUUAUUGAAUAUGUCAUAUAAUAAGAGAAUGACAGUAUUGAUGAGCAGCAUUUUUGUUUUUAAAUAACACACUUGAAAAUAUCACAAGACAUAAAGGCAUUUUCUCAUCUUUGGUGUUUGAUUUUUGUCAGUUUUAAAAAAGAACCUUAGGUAGUGUUUGACGUAUGGGCCUUUAAUGAGGCUUCUCCACAUGUAUAUGUUUAUGAAGAGAUGUUAUUUGCUAAGAAAAUCUUGAUUAAAUUUGAAAGACAGUUCCUAAUUCAAUAAAGCUGACCUUGAAACUUAAAUAAGAAGGAAGCUUAAUGCUUUUGAUAACAUCUCAGUUAAAUAUUGUUGAUUUAUUUGACUUACUGUUAACUCUUGAUUCUCUUUGCUCUGGCUCCAUGGUGUUUCUAGAUACUGAUGUAUGAACUUCAUGUUAAUAGUUGUGGGGUUCUUUAGUAGCUUGAGGACGAUAACUGUGCAUUUUCAUAUAGCUUUAUUCUCCUAAAAUCUCAGGAGGCAGCAAAUCCUGUGAGAGGUUAGAUAGUGAUGAGAUUCUAAUGGGAACUCUUUCUUCUUGGUGUAUUUUAGACAUCUGUACUCACAGCAAACUAAGAAUUUAAAGAUAGUUUAAGUUCAUCUGAUUACUAAGUUCUCCUUAAGUCCUGCAGAAACCAACCUGUUAAAGACAUCUUAUAAUCUAAAACAUGAUGAAAUUGAGCACAUCUGUUAAUGUGGUAUAUAACAAGUGUUUAAGGCCUGGCAUGUAUGUGAUACAGCAAGACCUGAGACUUCAGUAUUUGUUCAUGUCUAUUGACAGACCGCUUUCUUCAGACUUAUGAAAUAGAAGAGUGAUAAGAAAUACCCGAAUGGACAAUAAUAGAUACAGUGUUGUAUAGCACAUACAUUAAAAGUGCAUGCAUUAAAAUUAUUAUUUUCUCGAAAAGAAAGUAUUUUUUAAAUUUAUUUUAUUAUAAUAGUGGUAGUUUAGCUUUUCAGUAUUAUAGGAAUUUAAAAAUUGGUUUGUUGUGGGAGACUUCCCAACUUUGGGAGUGUUUUCACUUAAUUUUUUAAAAAAUAUUUUCAUGCUUUAAUCAUCCAGCUAGAAUUUUAUGAUGUGUAGAAAAAUCUUGACAAGGAUCAAGUGUUAAUCAUGAAAGCUCACUAUAUUACAGUGUUACUCUUACAUGGAAAGUAGUUGGUCGAGUUUCAUGCUGAUAAUACUUAUUUUUGUAUUUUGACCUUUCAACAGUUGAGAUCAGAUCAUUAACUGGUUUAUAAUUCAAUAAAAGAAUUCUUGGAUUAUGGAAAUAGAAACUUUUAGUAAUUAAAGUUUUCCCCUUCCAGGGAGAUUAAAAGUAUAAUGAUAUUAAGAAAAUGUCAUUUUGAAGUUUGAUCAAUAUGUUCUUUAAAUCCACCACCUCCAUCUGUACAUUGUAUUGGGUUGUUGGAAAAGUCAUGAGAUAUUUUUUCUGUGCAAAAAUGUGUCAUAACUUUUCUGAUGACCCAAUAGAAAUUUCUUUGUUUUUGUUUAAGAUAACCAUUUGAGGUAGUUUUGUAGAGAAUUGAUAUAAAAGCCACCAACAAAUCCUAAGUAGUGUGGAAGCUAAAUUAAAUGUCACUAGUUAUAAAUUAGACUAUAACAUGAAACUUCUGACUUUCAUGUGAUGGUGACAUACCUGAAAAAAGAAAUGAUAAUUGUGUCUGCCUUCCUACUUAUUCUUGCUUUCAACAUGUGUAUGUUAGAAUUUUAUGUAGUCUUAAAGUCCAUAUGUAGGCUCUUGUUUCUGUAAUAAUUAGUAAAAUGCCAAAGUAGUAAUGAAAUAUUAUGGCAUUGAAGUAGCAGGAAGACUUAUUUUAGUUUUAGAACACAAACGUGAAUCAGUGUUGAAGUGAAUUUUUGUAUGUGCCAGAUUGAAGAGAGUAUGCCAGUGACAAGAAUAGUCUGAAAAUACAGUUGUGACAGUUGCAGUUUAAAUACAUUCUGAAAGACAAUCUUCAAAGAAAUGGGAGAAACCAGGGGUUAUCAAUGAACCUAGACCAACCUCUCUUUGUAUAUAAAUAUGGUGUAAUAGCUGGGUAUAAAAAUCAGUGUCUUACUGGCACCAUUUACAGUUUAGAAAGCAGAAUCUUUUUCUUGAAAAUGUCCAUCCUGAUUCUUCUCUAUUUUAAGAGCUACUUGGAUUUGUAUGUAUUUUUCUAUGUGAAAAUGUAUGUACUCUUCAUUUUUAUUCCAGUGUUCAUAAUCAUUUCAUGCACUCUUUCUCCCCUUUGAGAACAUUUUGUGACAGAGAUUUGCUCAAGGGAGAGGCAUUA